AUGUCAAAGCCAAAAGUUGUUUGGGAUACAACUUGGAAUUUAUUGCCAGAUGGUAUCCAAUACCAAAGAAGGAAACACUUGAACAUACCAGGUUUUCAAAUGGAAGAGCAUGAUUUACACAAUCUGUGUCUCCUAGAAGUAGAAGAACUUCUAAAUUCCAAUCGGCGAUCUUUAACAGAUUAUAGUUCCCUUCCUCAACCUGAUUUGUCUCAUUACUUCAAAUUCAAUAAUAGAAUUAUGACAGUAGUGAAUUCAGAUGUAGGAAAUUUCUUUUUCUUAUAUGGUUAUGGUGGGACUGGAAAAACAUAUUUGUGGAAACUUUUGUCAGCUGCUAUUAGAGCAAAGGGAAUGAUUGCGCUUAAUGUAGCUUCAAGCAGCAUUGCAUAUUUAUUGCUUCCUGGAGGUAAAACUGCUCAUUCUACUUUUUGCAUACCACUAGCAAUCAAUGAUGAAUCAACGUGCAACAUCAAUCAAGGAAGUCUUCGUGCUAAACUAUUGAUGGAAACAAAAAUUAUCAUAUGGGAUGAAGCUCCUAUGAUGAAUAAGUUAUGUUUCCAAGCUUUUGAUAGAACAUUGAGAGACAUUAUGAGAGCUACAAAUGAAGAUAAUGCUGACAAACCAUUUGGUGGAAAGGUUGUUGUCUUGGGCGGUGAUUUUAGACAAAUCUUGCUAGUAGUAAGAAAGGGAUACAGGUAUGAUAUUGUGAAUUCAUCAAUUAAUUACUCUGAUUUGUGGCAAUAUUGCACAGUUCUUAGUUCAGACACUCCUUGCCAAUCUGAUGAUAAUCAAGAAAUUCAAGGUGAGUGGUUUACUCAAGAGUUUCUAAAUGAUAUCAAAUAUUCAGGAAUUUCAAAUCAUAGGAUUAAAGGGAAAAAUGUUGGUGACAAAAUUUUCAUUCCAAGAAUGAACUUGACACCUUCUGAUUCCAGCAUCCCGUUUAAAUUUCAAAGGAGGCAAUUUCCAAUAUCCUUAUGCUUUGCAAUGACAAUAAACAAAAGUCAAGGACAAACUCUUUCUAAAGUUGGACUUUAUCUUCCUUGCCCAGUUUUUACUCAUGGACAAUUGUACGUAGCAAUUUCUAGAGUCACAACAAAGCAAGGACUCAAAAUUUUAAUUCUGGAUGAAGAUGGAAAAAUUAUAAUUCUGGAUGAAGAUGAAAAAGUAAGCAAUACAACUACAAAUGUGGUUUACAAAGAAAUAUUUAUUAUAAUAUGCCAUAGUGUAUAG